CGCGGCCUCCUUUCGUUGCAGAGCGAGCAGCCGAAAUGAGCGGAGCGGAGACGGUUCGCAUGGAUGUGAGAUUGUAACUUGACAGAAGAUUUUAAACACCAGGGACCUUCAACAAAGGAGAGCAUGUACUGCAUUUGGAGAUGGAGAGUCACUGGGAAUGGACUGCACUUGACGAACGCCAGGGCUCCCAGCGAGGACGCCCCUCGGUUCCCCAGAGCAAUUGCCCGGUGGCUGUGAUGUCACACCGUUUCCUGAUGGGGAAGAAGCCAUACAAGUGUGAGCUGUGCGGCUGGACCUUUGCCCAGCCCUCCGACCUGGGUGCCCACCUGCGGAUGCACACGGGCGAGAGGCCGUUCCGGUGUGAAGUGUGCGGCAAGAGCUUCAGCCAUUCCUCCAGCCUGGUGAAGCACCGUCAUGUUCACACUGGCGAGCGGCUCUUCCAGUGCAAGGUGUGUGAGCAGGCGUUCGCACAGGCCACCGCCCUCCUGCAGCACUGGCGGCUGCACACGGGCGAGAAGCCCUUCCAAUGCAAGACGUGCCGCAGCACCUUCACCAAGCAGUCGCAGCUGGUGCUGCACCGGCGCAGUCACGCCGGCAGCCGGGGCUUCAGGUGCAAGGUGUGUGGCAAGGCAUUCAUGAUGCCAGCCCGGCUGGCUGAGCACAAGUGCGUCCCCAAGGACGGGCGGCUUUUCCUCUGCGAGACGUGCGGCAAGGACUUCUGCAGCGCUGCCUACCUGGUGGUGCACCAGCGCCUCCAUACCGGCGAGAGGCCCUUCCGCUGCGAGGUCUGCAGCAAAGCCUUCGGCAGCCCCUCCUACCUACGCAUCCACCGACGCAGCCACGCCCAGGAGAAGCCCUUCCACUGCGACGUCUGCGGCAAGGUGUUCUGCAACGUCUCCUACCUCCGCAUCCACCAGCGCAGCCACACGGGCGAGAGGCCCUUCUGCUGUGAGAUCUGUGACCGGGACUUCUGCAGUGCAUCCUACUUGGUGAUCCACCGGCGCAUCCACACAGGGGAGAGGCCGUUCCACUGCGAGGCCUGUGAUAAGGCCUUCCUCAGCUCGUCCUACUUCCUCAAGCACCAGUGCGUCCCGAUGGGGGACAAGCCCCUGAAGUGUGAGUUCUGCAACAGGGGCUUCACGCAGCUGGCACACCUCCUCAAGCACCAGCGCACCCACACUGGCGACAGGCGCUUCCAGUGCGACUUCUGCCAGCACUGCUUCACCUAUUCCUCCUCCCUGGAGAUACACAGGCACACCCACUCCGCAGAGAAACCUCCCAUCCUCCCUUCAAGCAAGCCAAAGAGUACCUGAGGGCAGCGAUUAUGGAAAAAGCCUGGCCCAAAGAGUCAAAUCAACACCACUUUCCAGAGGGUAUUGGAAAUGCUCCUUGAGAAGGGAAGACCUGUAGAUCUCCAGAGGAGGAGGAGGAAAAGAGUUAGUUGAUUAACUCAGAAGAGCGGACACAGGGAAGGUUGAAUGCUGAAAAGAUUCUGGAUGGGUACCUGCCAAACUGUACUGAUAACGCUCUGUCAUAAUACACUGGUAGGCCCACACUCAAAGGAUGGUUGUGGGAAGAAUUGUCAGCAUUGGAAGUAUUGGCGACACCUGUCACCUUAAUCGUGUAUAUUCUUGGGGGAAUGAGGGUAAAACUGGGGGUAAAUCUAGAAUACGUACCAUAAGCAGGUCAAAAAUCUCCGCAGGGGUACGUUCCCCCCAUUUACCUCACUUUAUUAAGGAUGUUGUAUUCCAGGAACUCCACAUCCUAACUGAUGGAAGAUUUUCCCUUCAAAAUUUCCACUUUUAAAAGCUGGUCCAAAAGCAAAAUAGUGCAGCUGCUGCAAAUCUGAAGUUAAAGCGGAGACAUGGAACAAGUCUGACGGUAUCCACUGGAUGGAGAUACAGGGUUAGCACAUCUGGCUUUCAUCAAAGUCGAUGAUAUCUUGCUUUACAUUUAUUUGGUCAGUGAAAUUGUAGCUACCGUAUCAGUCCAGCCAUUUGAAUGACACCGUUAUGGUGUACAUAUAUUCUCAGUGGGAACUGAUCGCUGAUCGGAGAAUUAACAAACUUUUUGCUGGAAGGGCUGUUUUUGGGGUCUUUGAUGGCACACCCAGUUUUCCUUCCGUUGUGGCAAAUACAAAUAUGUUGCUGUUGUUAGACAGGAUCUUCGGUCUCUGGAAGUUUUCUGCACUGAGACACAUGUGAUCAGACAUGCAUGAGAUUAGCAAGUGAAGGUGUAAGAGGAGCACAACCCUUCCCAUAAUUUUUAAAAACCCAAUGAAUGGAGUGCUUGGGCACAGCACACGCCCAGCCCACAACACCAGGGAAGAGGGCUCAUCACUGUUCAACUCCGUUGUCGAGGGAGAUGCAAAAGAGAAGAGUUCGGUGCUAAACACAGAUGUACAUACUCUAUCAGAAGAACAUCUAUCAAGAAACUUGAGUUUACCUCAGAAUGCAUUUUGCCCAGCUAAUGUUCAAUGUAGUGUAAUGUUUUCUAGGAGUCUGAAACAUGUAUUGUUGUCACGUGGGAGAUGUGCCCUGUGAAUUUUGCAUUGUUUUGGUUUUAGAAAUUGCUCUAAAUAUUAGUGUUGGUAAUAUUGCAUGCUGUUUCCCUGCUUACGUCUGCAUACAUUUAUACCGUGCAGUAAAUUUGAUACUUGGCUUUAUCCAGACUGUUUGGCUUGUAAAAGUUUCUUUUCCCACCUUUUCACAAUGGGGGCUGCUGUGAAGUAGCUGGUGGUUCCCCACCGCGUUCCCAGGAUGGGCACCAGAUGCCAAACCUUUCAGUGAUACCCACAAUCCAAAAGGAAGGUAAGCAGGGUUACUCCCCACAGGGCAGCACAGUGGCUCAGCUUGUAGAGUUGGGUUCAGUCCCAACUUCCGGCACCAUCUACACACCUUCUCCCUGUGACCCCGAGUGUUUCCGCUGGCUGCUUCGAUUUCCUUCCACGUCCCAAAGACAUGCAGACUGAUGACUUGGUUGGCCACUGUAAAUUUCCCCCAGAGUGUGGGUCAGUGGUAAGACUUGGGGGUGGGGAUUGAUGGGAAUGUAGGGAUAAUAUAAGAAUGGGAUUAGUUUAGCAACUGUGUGGUGGAGGAAAUUAGAAGGUCAGGCAGUAUCUGUGAAUGGAAAUGAAUAGUUGAUGCUUUGGGCCUCCACUACUCAUGGGGUCUCGAAAGGAAGGGGGCAGAAGACAGAGAAAGAGGGCGGGAGAAGUGGGGGGAGUACGAGCUGGCAAGUGAUAGGUGAGUCCACGUGAGAGGGGGAAGGUGGAUAGGUGCGGCUGGGUGGAUGAAAGACAAUGCCAUGAGAGGCUCAGAUGAUGGAUGAAGAGGUAAAGGGCAGAAGAUGAAGCAGUCCAAUAGGAGAGAACAGUGCACUGAGAAUAAAGGGAAGGAUGGGCAGGUCAUGAGGAUGCACAAUGGAAGGACAAGGAGUGAAAUGCAACUAGAAUUGGAAAAUUGGUUCAAACAGAUGGGACUGCUUAUGGUAGAUGCUGCCUAACAUGCUAAGUUCCUCUAGAAUUUCAAGUGUGUUCCUCAAGAUUUCCAGGAUCUACAGUAUCUCCUGUGUCUCUGGGAUUAGUGUGACUAGGUGUUCAGUGAUUGGCAUGGAUUUAAAGGUCCUCUUUCUGUCCUGUAUCGCUGUCUGUGCAAUGGUAUGGGUGCAGACUGCAGCGCAACUGUAUGCUUUUUCUGAGUUUCUUUCCUUCCCUUUGCAAUGAUCCUGCAUACCUUACUUGCCCUCUUCUUACACAAUCCCUGGGGAUGGAGGGUAACCUGAUUCCACUGCAGAUUUGUGGGAUCUGCAGUUAGUGAUGUGGAACACAUGGACUCUUCCACUGAUAAGAUAAGAUAAAGCUUUAUUUAUCCCAGAAGAAAUUAUUGUUGCAAGGUUGCUCAGUCAGAAAUAUAUACUUGGAAAUAUAUUGAGGUAUGAAAAAAUACAAAAUGUACAUUAAAACGUAAAUAGUGUAAAAUACACGUAGCCCCCCCCCCCCACCCCCUGGCAAGUCUCAGGGUCACUCAACUCUCUGUCGUCUAGGGAAACAGCCCUCAGUCCUGCCAAACUGGGUACUUAAGUUUGUGUGGAUGCUGUGUGAUGUACCCCACCCCGCCAAAUAACAGACAAUACACCAUAUACGAUUAAAUGAAUUACAGUUUAUAGAUAUUACUGGAACUAUAUAAUUAAUAGAGAUAAAAUAUAAAAGGGGCCAACUUAGCAAAGUUCAAUCUCUUUGUGCACAAACAGUUGGAGGUCUAGUAACGAUCCUCUCUUCGCCAGUCAAUCCCCUCUGGCCACCUCGACCGGCCGCCUGGGACCAACCACGGUGGUCGACCAGACGCUCCACACGAGUCUGUCUCCGUCUCCUCUCCUCGCCGAAAACCCUGAACCUCGGACUCCUGCUCGGGAUCCGACCCCGUUAGCCGGCUCACAGCACCUUGUCCAUCCUCUCUCUCUCUCUCUCACGCCUUCUGCCCAAAAACCCGCGCAUCACAAUAACUUGCAGACACACUGGAAAGAAUAACAUCUAUCCCAAUUGGUUCGUUCACUCUAUUAUCAAUAAUAUAACCCAAACAAGCUGCUAGCGAGAGAACUUUCUCAGCUUUUAACAUAACAAAGAAGUCAUUUUAAUUAGCCUACACAGUAACAUAAAAGAAUAAACCCCUUACAUACAGAUGUGCAAUGAAGCCGUAUACUUAUAUACUUAAGGAGAAGGAGAUGUGGCGUCUUACAGCCACAGGGAGAAAGGAUCUCCUGUGGCAUUCAGUGGUGCACCUUGGUGGACUGAUGCCUGUAGUCAUCGGGAGGGGGAUUCAGGGAUUUGGGAAGUAGUCCAUCUUCUUCAGGGUUUAUCUUUAUUUUCUUAUACAUUGGGGCAAUCUGUACAGUCCUGAUGAAGAGUCUCACCCCAAAAUAUUGACUAUUCAUUUCCUUCCAUAGGUGCUCUCUUGACAUGCUGGGUUGACCCAGCACUUGGUGUGUGUGUUGCUGUACAUAUUGAAUGUCAGCCCCUUCUUUCCUUAUGCUUCGGUGAGCAAGUUGAUAAUGGCUUCGAGCUUGGCUUUGUCUGCAUAAGUGCAGCUUAAGUACUGCAGGUCAGCCAACCAACUUGCUAUAGUGUAAUCACUACAGUUUGAACGGAUUUCCAUUGGUUCUGAAGCCUGGCUCUAUUCCAGUGUGAAAGCUGGGUGAGGUGAGGAGAAUUGGGAAGAGUGUAGGUGCUUGUUUGACACUGUUCCUGUGCUUACUGUGAACACGGCGCAGCACAUCACACAAACCAAUCUUCUGUCCUUGGACUCACUUUACACCGCAAGCUGCCGGAGCAGUGCUGCCAGGAUAAUCAAGGACAUGGCCCACCCAGCCAACACACAUUUUGUCCCUCUUCCCUCCGGGAGAAGGCUCAGGAGCUUGAAGACUCGUAUGGCCAGAUUUGGGAACAGCUUCUUUCCAAUUGUGAUAAGACUGCUGAACGGAUCUGGGCCGUACCCUCCAAAUAUCCGGACCUGCCUCUCAUUUUUUUUUGCACUACCUUACUUUCGUUUUUUUUUUAUUUUCUAUUUAUGAUUUAUAAUUUAAAUUUUUAAUAUUUACUAUCGAUUUGUAAU